AUGACGCCCCCAGCCCGCGGACGGGGGACUAGCCAACGCAGCCCGACCGUCUUGGUAACAGACUCCCGCGACCAGCAACCACCCCCAACAGUUCGUCGUCGACGCUCGCCUGCAACCCGCUUCAUCACCGUCGACAACGUCCUCCAAUACGCCUCCGACGUCCCUUCAAUGCAGCAGCGCGGCCCACCACCGAAUUCACGGACACGCCGCCUGGCGUCUGCAGCAGGUGGUCUUAUGACCAGUGCUAGCAGCGGGAGCUCAAGUGCGGUGGCAGGAUCCGGCGGCACGAUCGGCCGACUAGCCGCGCAACCACGCCUCCCGCCUCGAACGACGAAAGUCAGCGAGAAGCUGGUGCUCUUGCCUGAUACCGGUGAGAUCGAGGAAGGCGAAGAGGACGAGGAUGAGGAAGACAACGAUGUCGAAGGUGGAAAUCUGGUGGACGAGGAGCUUGUUGCACGCCUGGCUAAGGAGAAGAAUGUCGAUCCGGAAAUGAUCAGACACCAACUACUUAUAUCUAAGCGGCUUGGCAGUGACUUCGGCGUCGAUAAUGAUCUUGCUCCUCUACUUGCCGAAGAAGAAACCUUAAGGAAACGCCGUGUGGCGCCUGAGCGUGCGAAGAGUUAUGCUGAGCGGCUGCCGAAGGCGAGGCGGACGGAGAAGCUUGCUCGUGUCACGGCGUAUUGUACGGCCCAGGCUUAUAAGAUGGGCUCGCUUGCUGCUUUCGUUAAGGAACAGCAUGGUGGUCGGACGAAGCUCUAUGAUGAUUGCCUGUAUACGGCGUAUCACCUGCCUCUUUUGCCCGGGCAUGAGGGAUAUCGUCUGCGGAGUAGUCCCGUGUUGAAAUAUCCCGGUGGAAAGUCGUUGUUGGAUGAGGAGAUUGAAAGAAAUGAGCUUCGCGAUCACCACGAUGAUUUUAUGGUCGAGCUGGAGGAGCAUUCAGUUGGCGGGCACAAUCGCCCCGAGGAUGAGCACCAUUACGAAGAGUUGGCGCGCGAUUCCAAUGAUCAUAACCCCCGGGAGGAAAAUCGGGAAGAAUUCCUGAAUCGAAUCACCGAGGCAGCCCGUGAUCACCUCCCCGAUGAGCAUGAACAUGCUGCCAGCUCCGGUGAAAGCGUCGAAAGAUUACAGCAUAUCCCACAGCAUAUCCCGCAGCUUCCCCAACCCGACAGCAACGAUGAAAAUCGGCAACCCUCGCCCGAACCUGCUGUCCGCCGUCGAAGACAUAGCACAGACGAUACUCACGCUCUGGUUCGAGACCGUCCUUCCCCGCCAGUCCCUACAACAUCUUCAUCCUCGAGAGCACAAGCUCCAGCUCGUACAUUAUACAAUGUUGCCGAGAUGUUCGUGUUUAGCUACGGCGUUGUCGUGUUUUGGAAUUUCACAGAGCGACAGGAGAAAGACCUGCUUGCAGAUCUUGCCUUUGCUACAUCAUCUGCAACCGGCAUUCCUAUCCCUCUGGCGACGAUGCCUCUUGACGAGGAAGACUUCGAGACGGAGGAGUUCCAUUUCGAAUACUCUACCGAAAUCUCGCGCCCUCGAGUCUACAAUGAUAUGAUCACUCUUCGCAGUGGUGACCACAUGAUCAAGCUGGCUAUCAGCCAUGGCAUUUCCCAGAGUACCAAGUUGUGCUUCUUCGAGGAAGUCAUGGCCCGCCAAAUGACAGACGCGAAAGAUGUUCCCCGACGACUCGCCACCACCGGUCAAUUAGGCAUGAAGCGCGAAGAGGUUUUCCGAAUCUUGGGUCGAUUGUUCAAGAGUCGCGUUGAGGUCAAUCUUUCAUCUAACAUGCUUGAUGUUCCCAACUUCUUCUGGGAGAGCGAGCCGACUCUCUACCCGCUUUACAUCGCUGUGCGAGAAUACCUGGAAAUCAAACCGCGUAUUCAAGUGCUCAACGAGAGAUGCCGCGUAUUCCUUGAUCUUGCAGAGAUUUUAUCCGACUCAAUUGCCGACAACCGUACUUCCCAUCAAACUUGGAUCAUCAUUGUCCUCAUCAUUAUUUCCAUUAUUGUCACUACCUUCGAAGUUUUCCUCCGCUUCGGUCUUCUCCAUGCCAGCCAGGAUCCCAAUGGCACACCUGCCAGUAUCUUCGCCCGUUUCAUGGGACGAUCUGUGACCCCCUCUCCAUCCUCAGGAUGGCCCCCCUACUCUCCUGCCAACGCACCACCAGGCUGUAUCUGUCCAUCUCUUGGCCCUGGCAGUGGAGGCUCAGAAAUGGGCGUUAGUGGGAUGCUAGGAUACUAA